ACCUUUAGGGCGAGUUUUGUCACAGUGGGAGGGGCCUGACGUGAACGUCGAUAAAGCAAUAAAGCCCACCUGCCCUCUGCAGAAAGAACCUUCCAUCUUCAGCUUAUCCUGAGCUAAGCGUGUGGUCUACACUGCUGGUAACAGCAUGGUUUAUCAUCCUGAGUUUAAGAGUGCUGGGCAGAAGCCUGGACUUCAAGUAUGGAGGAUUGAGAAAAUGGACUUGGUGGCAGUCCCCGAGAAACUGUAUGGAAGGUUCUAUACAGGAGAUACAUACAUCGUCCUCAAUACUAUCAAGCAACGUUUAGGAAGUCUACAGUAUGACCUCCACUUCUGGCAGGGCAGUAACUGCACAACAGAUGAGAGUGCUGCAGCAGCUAUUUUUACUGUCCAAAUGGAUGAUUACCUCGGGGGGACACCUGUUCAGUAUCGUGAGGUCCAGGGCUAUGAAUCAAAAACAUUUGUGGGCUACUUUAAAUCAGGGCUGACGUACAUGCAAGGUGGAGUGGCCUCAGGGUUCAGACAUGUGGCCUCCAAUGAAGUGGGGAUACAGAGAGUCCUCCAUGUUACUGGCAGACGAACAGUGAGGGCCACUGAGGUUCCAGUGAGCUGGAACAGCUUCAACCAGGGAGACUGUUUCAUUCUAGAUCUGGGAGAGGAACUAUACCAGUGGUGUGGCAUCAAGAGCAAUCAUUUUGAGAGAUUGAAAGCCACCAGUAUUUCAAAAGGUAUCUGUGAUAAUGAGCGGCAUGGAAGAGCAAAAUUGUACCUGUGUGAAGAAGGCUCAGAGCCUGGCAAGAUGCUGGAGGUUCUUGGACCAAAGCCUGAACUUCCUGAUACAGACUGUGAUGACACUGAAACCGAUCUAUCAAAUAGGAAGAUGGCCAAGUUAUACAAGGUGUCUGAUGCCAGUGGAGACAUGUCUAUCACUCUGGUAGCAGAAGAGAACCCCUUCUCUCAAAAUGCACUGGAGUCCACUGACUGCUUUAUCUUGGACCAUGGCUUCAGUGGAAAGAUCUUCUUCUGGAAAGGUAAAGAGGCCAGUCCAGAGGAGAGGAGUGCUGGGAUGAAGGCUGCAGAGGAGUUCAUCCAGAAGAUGGGCUUCCCAAAACACACGCAGGUCCAGAUCCUGCCUGAAAAUGGAGAGACUCCUCUGUUCAAACAGUUCUUCAAGGUUUGGCAUGAUGUCGCCCAGACAGAGGGGAUGGGGAAAGCCUAUGUGCCCAACAAGGUCGCCAAGAUUGAGAAAGUGCCCUUUGAUGCCUCUACACUGCAUGACUCAAGUGCCAUGGCUGCUCAGCAUGGGAUGUUUGACAAAGGGGAUGGAGAGAAAAAGAUUUGGCGCAUAGAGGGAUCGGACAAGGUGGAAGUUAACCCCUCUACUUAUGGACAGUUCUAUGGAGGAGAUAGUUACAUCAUUCAGUACAGCUACCAGCAUAAGGGGUGUCGAGGCCAGAUUAUCUACAUAUGGCAAGGAGAGGUUUCGAGCCAAGAUGAGAAAGGAGCUUCCUCGAUCUUGGCUGCUCAGUUGGAUGAGGAGCUGGGAGGAGGAGCAGUGCAGGUGCGAGUCAUUCAAGGCAAAGAACCUCCCCACUUCAUGAGUAUUUUUGGAGAAAAGCCAGUGGUGGUGUACAAGGGUGGGACUUCCAGACAAGCUGGCCAGACAGAGGCUGCAGAGAUCCGCCUCUUCCAAGUGCGGUCCAACACUGCUGGACACGCACGAGCCAUUGAGGUUGAUGCAGUGGCCUCCAACCUAAAUUCCAAUGAUGCCUUCAUCCUGGUGAACCCAUCAGGCUCAAUGCUGUGGGUGGGUCAAGGCACCAGUGAUGUUGAGAAGCAUGGAGCUAAACAGCUGAGUGAAAUCUUAGGACUGGAGGUGUCUGAAGUGGCAGAGGGUGAAGAGGGAGAAAACUUCUGGGAAGUGCUUGGUGGGAAAAUGGAGUAUUGCACCUCAGAAAGACUGAAAAGCAAAAUGGACUUGCAUCCUCCUCGUUUGUUUGCUUGCUCUAAUAAAACGGGACAGUUCCAUAUAGAUGAGGUACCAGGGGAGAUGGCUCAAGAGGAUCUGGCUCCUGAUGAUGUCAUGAUUCUGGACACAUGGGAUCAGGUUUUUGUCUGGAUUGGAAAACAAGCCAAUGAAGAAGAGAAGACUGAAGCAAUUAUGUCAGCUGUUCAAUACAUUGAAACGCACCCAGCCACCAGAGACAAGAGGACUCCUAUUGUGAAGAUAACGCAUGGCUUUGAGCCACCCACAUUCACUGGAUGGUUCCUGGGAUGGGACUAUGACUACUGGAGCUGUGGUCCACUGGAACGAGCUAUGGCUGCACUGCAGCACUGAAUACACCUUCACAGAGGGAGCACCAGUUAGUCUGACUCAGUAGAACUCCUCAGAUAUACAGGCUGAGUGCUCAGCCAGUUUUGUAGGUUGUUUUCAUAUAAUUAUGCAACACGGUUAAUGUUAAUAGAAACAAAUUGCUGUAUAUUGUUAGUGAUCAGAAUGCCACAACCGCAGGCAUUAUUCAGAAUAAAACUGCAAAACUGCACUGGAAAA